AAAUAUUAAAUGGAUUAUAUCAAAAACCAAGCAAGUAAAUUGGCAUAAGGACUUGUACCAACUUUUAUACCUCCUCCUAAAUAAUCUGUAUUCCUAUCAAAAGGUAUGUUAACACCAGAAGAAUUUAUUAAUGUAUAUUAUUUUUAAAUUUAUUAUAGGCUGGAGAUCGAUUGAUAAGUAAUGGAGGUAAUUGGAAAUGGUGUAAAGCCAUUAGUGAUUAAUAUAAGAACAAAUAUUUGCCAGAUGACAAAUAAUUUUUAAUACAAGAAAACAUUAUCUCUUAUAAAAGAAUUAAAGAUUUAAAUAGUGGAGGAACUUUCACUGAACAAUAAGAAGGAGAUGAAGUUAUAAUUAUGAAGUCAGAGGAAUAACCAGCCUAAUAAAUUGUACAAGGUCAAGAAAGAUAUUAUACAUUGUAUAUUACUUAUGAUCUUUAUUACUUCACUCCUAGAUUAUAUCUAAGUGGUAAAAUUGAUGAAAAACCAUUAACUUACUCAGAUGUCAAAGAAGUAUUAUCAAAUUAUUAAAUAUUUAGGAUGUCUCUGGAGAAUAUGCUGAUAAAACUGUGACUGAAGAAUUAUUUAAAGAGUUGAAUAUAAAUUUACCAACUAUUCACCCUUGCAAACAUGCCGAUACUCUUAAAUUCUUUGUUGAUUAAAUGAGAGAUAAUGGAAUUACAGAAGAUAAAAUACAUCCUGAUAAUUCUUUAACAAUAUUUUUGAAGUUUAUGAAUUCAGUCAUUCCAACAAUACAAUUUGAUUUUGUUAACACCAUUGAGCUUUGAUUGCAUAUUAAUAAAUCCAUAAUAUAUAUAAUAUCAUUGCAUACGGAC